CGGAAGUGCCCAGGACGGGAGUAGGGGAGCAGGAGGUACAAUAAGUCACACGCCGUUAUGACUAUCUCUCCGUUGUUCGAAUUUCGACCUCCCCCACUGGUCGGACCGUCUUUAUCUCUGCUGCAAUCCUUCCUGCGGGCUUCGAUCUAGACUGCACAUAUAUGCACAGCCGUUCUCACGAACAACAACCACAAUGCGUCGGCUACGAUACAACGUCGCUGUUUCCCUCGACGGCUUCAUAGCUUCUCCGGAUGGCACUACGGACUGGAUUGUCGAGGAUACCAGUAUUGAUUUCGCCGCGCUAUAUGCAUCGUUUUCGACAUUCGUAAUGGGGCGCAAAACCUACGAAACCAUGCAGGCGUACGGCGAGCAGAAUCCCCUGCGGGCAAUGACCCGCGAUGCGCUCAUCGUCGUUAGUAAAAGCAUGAAGGCCGAAGAACACCCAGAAGUCACGAUAGUUGCAGAGCGCGUGGAAGAAUUUGUAGAACAAUUGAAAGGAGCCGCCGGUAGUGGUGGUGGCGUAGCACGAGACAUCUGGCUCUUCGGAGGUGGACAGCUGGCUACGUGUCUUUUGAAUGCUGGCCUGGUCGACACCGUCGAGACGGCCAUCAUGCCUGUCCUGAUCGGGGAAGGUGUGAAGAUGGUCGGCGGCAGCGCUGCUGGAGAUAAGAAAACGACGAUGAAAUUGUCGCUAGAGUCUACGCGACGAUUGUCAGGUAGUGGCAUUUUGAUGUGCACGUAUUUGGUUGCGUCGCUCCCUGCGGCUCCGGGAUCAUGCGGUUCCGAUCUACACCGAUAGGGACUCGAUAACGGAGAACAAUAAUAAUUACCACUCAGGCUGGUAAACGGCGU